AAGCAAAAUAUGCAGAAUAUAUAGCUAUGCUUGAUCAAUUUAUCAGGCAUGUAUUUAUAAUAAAUGCUUGUGAAAGCUUCUCUGAAAACGACAAUGAACCUGUUCCAAUUAUGCUUGUUGGUAACAAAUGUGACAAAAUAACUGAACGUGAAGUUUCAAGAGAAGAAGAGAUGGAUAUGGCAAUAAGACUCAAGAUCAAUUUUAUCAAAAGUUCCGCAAGAAAAGCUGUGAAUGUGGAAAGGGCAUUUUAUGGUGUAGUUAAAAUGAUAAGACAGAAUAGAGAAGGGGUCAAGAUUCUACAAGAAGUAAAAAGAAAGUGA